AGGCGCUCUAGCAUCGAAUGUAGUCUUGAGCCGGAACUCGGGAACUCUAUGACCAACUGGGACUUCCGCUUCCGCCCCCCUGACUACGAGGCGACGGGUUCACACUAAAGAUCCAGAAUCAUGACUGACUCCAAGUACUUCACAACCAAUAAGAAGGGAGAAAUUUUUGAAUUAAAAGCUGAACUCAACAAUGAAAAGAAAGAAAAGAGGAAGGAGGCCGUGAAGAAGGUGAUUGCUGCUAUGACCGUGGGGAAGGACGUGAGUUCUCUCUUCCCAGAUGUGGUGAACUGUAUGCAGACUGACAACCUGGAACUAAAGAAGCUCGUGUACCUCUAUCUGAUGAACUACGCCAAGAGUCAGCCAGACAUGGCCAUCAUGGCUGUCAACAGCUUUGUGAAGGAUUGUGAAGAUCCCAAUCCUUUGAUUCGAGCCUUGGCAGUUAGAACCAUGGGAUGCAUCCGGGUGGACAAGAUUACAGAGUAUCUCUGUGAACCCCUCCGCAAGUGCUUGAAGGAUGAAGACCCCUAUGUUCGGAAAACGGCAGCAGUAUGUGUGGCAAAACUCCAUGAUAUCAAUGCCCAGAUGGUAGAAGAUCAGGGAUUUCUGGAUUCUCUGCGGGAUCUCAUAGCAGAUUCAAACCCAAUGGUGGUGGCUAAUGCUGUAGCAGCAUUGUCUGAGAUCAGUGAGUCUCACCCAAACAGCAACUUACUUGAUCUAAACCCUCAGAAUAUCAAUAAGCUGCUCACAGCCCUGAAUGAGUGCACUGAAUGGGGCCAGAUUUUCAUCCUGGACUGCCUGUCUAAUUACAACCCUAAAGAUGACCGGGAAGCUCAGAGCAUCUGUGAGCGAGUCACGCCUCGGCUAUCUCAUGCCAAUUCUGCAGUGGUGCUUUCAGCGGUGAAAGUCCUAAUGAAGUUUCUAGAAUUGUUACCCAAGGACUCGGACUACUACAAUAUGCUGCUAAAGAAGUUAGCGCCUCCACUUGUCACUUUGCUGUCUGGGGAGCCAGAAGUGCAGUAUGUCGCCCUGAGGAACAUCAACUUAAUUGUCCAGAAAAGGCCUGAAAUCUUGAAGCAAGAAAUCAAGGUCUUCUUUGUGAAGUACAAUGAUCCUAUCUAUGUUAAACUAGAGAAGUUAGACAUCAUGAUUCGUCUUGCAUCCCAAGCCAACAUUGCUCAGGUUCUGGCAGAGCUGAAGGAAUAUGCCACUGAGGUUGAUGUGGAUUUUGUUCGCAAAGCUGUGAGGGCCAUUGGACGGUGUGCCAUCAAAGUGGAGCAAUCCGCAGAACGCUGUGUAAGCACACUGCUUGAUCUAAUCCAGACCAAAGUAAAUUAUGUGGUCCAAGAGGCAAUUGUGGUCAUCAGGGACAUCUUCCGAAAAUACCCCAACAAGUAUGAAAGUAUUAUUGCCACACUCUGUGAAAACUUAGACUCUUUGGAUGAACCAGAUGCCCGAGCAGCUAUGAUUUGGAUUGUAGGAGAAUAUGCUGAAAGAAUUGAUAAUGCAGAUGAAUUACUAGAGAGCUUCCUGGAGGGUUUUCAUGAUGAAAGCACCCAGGUGCAGCUCACACUGCUUACCGCCAUAGUGAAGCUAUUUCUCAAGAAGCCAUCUGAAACACAGGAGCUGGUCCAACAGGUCUUGAGCUUAGCCACACAGGAUUCCGAUAAUCCUGACCUUCGAGAUCGGGGUUAUAUAUAUUGGCGCCUUCUUUCAACUGACCCUGUGACAGCCAAAGAGGUAGUGUUGUCUGAGAAGCCCCUGAUCUCUGAGGAGACAGACCUCAUUGAGCCUACCCUCCUGGAUGAGCUCAUCUGCCACAUUGGUUCUUUGGCCUCUGUGUACCAUAAACCUCCAAAUGCUUUUGUGGAAGGGAGUCAUGGCAUUCAUCGCAAACACUUGCCGAUUCAUCAUGGGAGCACUGAUGCAGGUGAUAGCCCUGUUGGCACCACCACUGCAACCAACCUGGAACAGCCUCAAGUCAUCCCCUCUCAAGGUGACCUUCUGGGGGAUCUAUUAAAUCUUGACCUGGGUCCCCCAGUGAAUGUCCCACAAGUGUCCUCCAUGCAGAUGGGAGCAGUGGAUCUCUUAGGAGGAGGACUGGAUAGCCUGCUUGGCAGUGACCUUGGCGGGGGCAUUGGAGGAAGUCCGGCAGUAGGACAGUCCUUCAUCCCGUCGUCAGUGCCUGCAACCUUCGCCCCUUCACCUACUCCUGCUGUGGUCAGCAGUGGUCUGAAUGACCUAUUUGAGCUUUCCACUGGGAUAGGCAUGGCACCCGGAGGAUAUGUGGCUCCUAAGGCGGUCUGGCUACCUGCAGUAAAGGCUAAAGGCUUGGAGAUUUCAGGGACGUUUACUCACCGCCAAGGGCACAUCUAUAUGGAAAUGAACUUCACCAACAAAGCUCUGCAGCACAUGACAGACUUUGCCAUCCAGUUUAACAAGAAUAGCUUCGGUGUCAUCCCAAGCACGCCGUUGGCCAUACAUACUCCACUGAUGCCAAACCAGAGCAUUGACGUCUCUCUGCCUCUCAACACCUUGGGCCCCGUCAUGAAGAUGGAACCUCUGAAUAACUUGCAGGUGGCUGUUAAAAACAAUAUUGAUGUCUUCUACUUCAGCUGCCUCAUCCCACUCAAUGUGCUUUUUGUAGAAGAUGGCAAAAUGGAACGCCAGGUCUUCCUUGCAACGUGGAAGGAUAUUCCCAAUGAAAAUGAACUCCAGUUUCAGAUAAAGGAAUGUCACUUAAAUGCUGACACAGUUUCCAGCAAGUUGCAAAACAACAAUGUUUACACUAUCGCCAAGAGGAACGUGGAAGGGCAGGACAUGCUGUACCAGUCCCUGAAGCUCACUAAUGGCAUUUGGAUUUUGGCAGAGCUGCGGAUCCAGCCAGGAAACCCCAAUUAUACGCUGUCGCUGAAGUGUAGAGCCCCUGAAGUCUCUCAGUACAUCUAUCAGGUCUACGACAGCAUUUUGAAAAACUAAUAAAUGGGUCCAGUCAGCCUGUAAUCGGUGCAAGCCAGGAACUCUUAACUGGAAGACGUUGUACUGUUGUGUAGAGCCCAAACCCAACCCCUGCGGUACCCACCCCGGUAGUGGCCAGUCACCUUGUGCUGACAUUAGCAUUCACCCUGUGGGAUAGGCUAGCUUCCUGUGACACCUCCUUCCACCCUUCCCCACCCUGCCACCUCUGCCACCUGCUGCUGUUCUCUGUCCUUAGCUGUGAGCUUCUCCAUGCUGUGCCAAUGGCUAGCCUUUUCUACACCCUCUUGAGUGUAGUUUGAUAUUUUGUAAUCGAGAGCUCAUUUCACAAGCAGAAAAAGGCAACAAAUUAAUUAAAGCAAGGAAAAGUGUCACUGAAACAUAAACUGCACCUUAUUGUUUUAUAUUUUUGUACAGAUGAGAAGUUGAGGUAGAACCCUGAGUAGAAAGGGCAACUGACCCUCCUCAAACCCAUUCUUAUCGGAGAUCCGCGAAUGGCCCUGGCCCCUUCUGGGGCGGGGAGGGGGGCAGCCCUGCUCCUGGGCUUUUGCAUUUUCACUCUGACCCUCUGUCCAGUUCUUUCCUUGGCCAAGCCUUCGAGCUCCCUUAUGCCCACGCUAUCUCGUUUGACAACUCCCUAUGGGGCAGUGGUGGUCUUCAUUGAUGUUUCCAAGUGCAGGCACACUGGGCAUGUGGGCACACUGCUGAGAGUUACAGAGCUGUCCUCCUGUCCAUGGCGCUAGCCUAGGAGUCAUCCUGAGGAGGCUGAGGAGACAUGAGUCAGAACACAGCGCCCUCCCCCAGCCUCCUUCCCUGUGUUUUUCAACAUUCAUUCAGAUUUACAAAAUUUCAGAGUUAAAACGACUUAAAUUACUUAUCCAACCCUGCUUUUCUACAAAGAAAGAUAAUAGGUAAAAAGAGUGUUGCCAGGGGCCUUUGGGCUCUGCAGAGCUAGACUGGUUCCCUGAUACUCCAUCAGCUUCCCUAUGUGGCUGGUUCAUUGUUCUUUUCCUCAAAGCCUUCUGCCUUUCCUGUGCCUACUGGUGGCUCUUUGCACACUCCGUACUGAGUUUGGUGCUCCACCCAUUCACUGGGCCAGGUGGCAGGUGACAUUUCAAUUACGAGAGUAUGCAUCCAGGUCACAAGAGUGAAGGCAGAGCUGACAUUUGCCAGGCUUCCCUGGAGCCACCGUUCGGGAGCCAGCCAGUGAGUGUGGAGGUGUGUAAAGAUGUUGCCAGUUCUCCCUGACCCUCAGCUCGCUGGUCUGCCCUUCAUCCAUGGUACUCAAGCUCCUGGGCAGGGUAAGAUCAUUCCAGAAGGCCAUGUAGUUCUUGUCAUCUCACAGAGAGCUGGGGAUGUAGUGUGCCCUUCCUAACACACUAGUAUGAUUCCUCAAAGAAAGCCUCGCACUCAUGCCCUGCUCAGUACCCUUCACACUGUUUGACAUGUGCCACUUGUUGCACAGCCUGGCACAACGUAUCAGGAUCCAUUCAGAGUCCUCUGCUCAAGUCAGAAGCAUGCCGGGGUGCAUGUCAGAAGAAGACCUCAUGCAGGACUGGGACCUGACCUCCUGGAUCCCAGGAGAGACUGGAAAAAAAAUCAGAGUAGAAACCAACUUCCUUUACAAGUGUGUCUGGAGUGAUCCUGUUUCCUCCCAGUUGCAAAGCUUCUCUCAAGUUCCUUAAUCCUUGAGAAUCUUUAAGAGGAUUGCUGGCUGGUGAAAAAGAAAUACAUCCCUCCCUCACCAUGUGGGGAUUAGGAAAUACUAUAGAGUUGUGUGGGAGGCAGGUAGGUUGGUGGGAUGUCGGGUGGAAAAUCAAGUUGACUAAGUUCCCUUGUCGAUGCUGAUUCCUGGAUCCAACUGGACCAUGUCGGUUGGAUAUGAGUUGUAUAAGGGAUUCCCAUCUCCAAGCAAACUGUACUUCCCAAAAGAAGACUAUGUGUCAGGGCAAGCAGGAAAGAGAGUUUAUAUUAGAAUGUGCCAAUCCCAGAAACUGAGGCCUCUCUCAG